UUCCCAACCCCUCCCCAACCUAGGUGAAGCUAUAAAGGCCCCUGCAGCUAUUCCAUGAUAACACAAGAGGCAACAACAUCGCAUGGAGGAAGCUUAAGGAGCCCAGGUGUCCAGUCUGCGACCUCCAAGCUCAAGAUUCUUUCCAAGAACAUAUACUUAGGAUACCCAACCUCCUGGAAGCUCCAGCCUUUAUCUCUUCACCCUGAACUCUCCUUUCUCAAGAAUCCUGUUCUUUGCCUUCUAGGUCUUGGCCACAUCUGGAAUCCAAGCAUCUUGUUUUUCAGCUACAAAGACGCAGAUUAAGAUGCAGAAAAGAAACAUUCCCUUUAUGUAUUGGUUACUGUUGCAUCUCCUACUUUUAGAAUAUGGGCCACACCCAACUUCCAGUGUGGUCAUGGCCAACCCUAGAUCCAUGGCAAUCUCCACUGAGACUAGCACAGCCUUCAACACUGCAUCCAGCACAGCCUCCAGCACUGGAUCCAACAUGACCCCCAGUGGGUCCAGCAUGACUUCCAACACUGCACCCAGCGUGACCCCCAGUGGUUCCAGUAUAACCUCCAACACUGGAUCCAGCUCGACCUCUGGAGGAUCUAGCACAGCCUUCAGCACUGGAUCCAGCAUGACUUCCAACGCUGCAUCCAGUGUGACCCCCAGUGGUUCCAGUAUAACCUCCAACACUGGAUCCAGCUCGACCUCUGGAGGAUCUAGCACAGCCUUCAGCACUGGAUCCAGCAUGACUUCCAACACUGCAUCCAGCGUGACCCCCAGUGGUUCCAGUAUAACCUCCAACACUGGAUCCAGCUCGACCUCUGGAGGAUCUAGCACAGCCUUCAGCACUGGAUCCAGCAUGACUUCCAACACUGCAUCCAGCGUGACCCCCAGUGGUUCCAGUAUAACCUCCAACACUGGAUCCAGCUCGACCUCUAGAGGAUCUAGCACAGCCUUCAGCACUGGAUCCAGCAUGACUUCCAACACUGCAUCCAGCGUGACCCCCAGUGGUUCCAGUAUAACCUCCAACACUGGAUCCAGCUCGACCUCUGGAGGAUCUAGCACAGCCUUCAGCACUGGAUCCAGCAUGACUUCCCGCUGCAUCCAGCGUGACCCCAGUGGUUCCAGUAUAACCUCCAACACUGGAUCCAGCUCGACCUCUGGAGGAUCUAGCACAGCCUUCAGCACUGGAUCCAGCAUGACUUCCAACGCUGCAUCCAGCGUGACCCCCAGUGGUUCCAGUAUAACCUCCAACACUGGAUCCAGCUCGACCUCUGGAGGAUCUAGCACAGCCUUCAGCACUGGAUCCAGCAUGACUUCCAACGCUGCAUCCAGCGUGACCCCCAGUGGUUCCAGUAUAACCUCCAACACUGGAUCCAGCUCGACCUCUGGAGGAUCUAGCACAGCCUUCAGCACUGGAUCCAGCAUGACUUCCAACGCUGCAUCCAGCGUGACCCCCAGUGGUUCCAGUAUAACCUCCAACACUGGAUCCAGCGUGACCUCUGGAGGAUCUAGCACAGCCUUCAGCACUGGAUCCAGCAUGACUUCCAACGCUGCAUCCAGCGUGACCCCCAGUGGUUCCAGUAUAACCUCCAACACUGGAUCCAGCUCGACCUCUGGAGGGACUAUUACACCUGUCAACACUGGAACCAGCACAAUCUCUGGUGAGACCAGCACACCUGCCAAUACUGGUUCCAGUAUGACCUCCAGUGAAACAAGCACAACCUCCAGUACUGGAUCCAGUACAACCUCCAGUGGGACUAGCACAGCUGGAUCCACUGCAACCACAGGAUACUCUGGUACACCCUUUUCAACUGGAACACACACAACUUCCAACAGAACCAGCACAAGUGCUAGUACUCCAGUGAGUGAAGCGAAGCCCAGUGGGUCCCUGAAGCCAUGGGAAAUCUUCCUCAUCACUCUGGUCUCGGUUGUAGUGGCUGUGGGCUUCUUUGUUGGGAUCUUCUUCUGCGUGAGAAAGUCUCUGUCCCCAAGAAAUGACUUUAACACCGCUGUCUACCACCCCCAUGGCCCCAACCUUGGCCUAGGCCCUGGAGGGAAUCACGGAGUCCAUCACAGUUCUGGGUGGAGCCCUAACUGGUUCUGGAGGGGGCCAACAUCCUCAGUAGCCAUGGAGAUGAGAGGGGGCUACAAUAGGCCCUGAAAGCCACAUUCCUCACAGAGGAAACCAUCCUGGGGGACCAGAAAUCUCAGUGUCCUUUCAUUUGUCCUCAGGGACCCCUCCCAGAUUUGUUUGGGUCUCUGCCAGCCCUGGGGAAGAUACUUCCUCCCUCCCUCUUGCUUUUGCCGGAUCCUGGAAAGACAAGAAUGUUAGUCAUUUACCUAUGAAUAAACACUAUACAAAACACUAA